AUACCGAGCGUCUCUAUUCAGUAGUGUUCGAAGAGAUCUGUGGGAGUUUUGGAAAGUCCUAUACCUGGGAUGUGAAAUCCUUGGUCAUGGGGAAAAAAGGCACAGAAGCGGCACAGAUUAUUCGAGAUGUUCUAGAUCUUCCAAUAACCAAAGAGGAGUUAUUACAUGAAAGUGCAAUUAAGCAGCAGAAGAUAUUCCAUACUGCUGAAUUGAUGCCAGGGGUUGAUAAGAUGAUUCGUCAUUUACACAAACACAAUAUACCCAUGGCUGUUGCCACCAGCUCAUCCGAAGAGUCAUUUCGGAUUAAAACAGUCAGACACAAAGACUUCUUCAGUCUUUUUCAUCAUAUUGUGUUGGGAGAUGACCCUGAGGUGAAGUCUGGCAAGCCACAGCCUGAUGCAUUUCUAGUUUGUGCAAAGAGAUUUCACCCUCCUGCACCUCCAGACAAG